UAUUUUGAAACUGGGUGAGCAGUGAAAAGUUGUCUUUCAGCCUCAGUGAGUCUUUAACAGGCGGAAGUCGAGUCUCAGUCUGCGGAAAACAAACGUUAAAAAAUGACCCUGAAACGGAGCCACUCCCGGUUUAAACUGCUUUCUGUGAAGAAUCCACAGAACCGGCUUGAUCCGUCUUUAUAUCACGACAUCUCCGUGAAAUCACGACCGACCGGGUCGCGUCUGACAGCAGCUGUCAACACAUCGCCGGGUCUCCAGUGUGUCGUCAACCCGAGCAGCAACUUCAUGGAGCCGAUCUGGAGGAAAGGACGAGUGAAUGUUUCCGCUGUGGGACAAAUUAAGAGAGAUCUGAGCACCUGCAUCACGGCCCGCCAGUACGAUCUAAAACCAGGAGUGUCGAAGUGUGAGGCAGGCAGACUGCUGUUCGAUACUCACGCGGUGGUUCGACUCUUCGAGGAAAACGGCUUCACCACGCAGCAGGCCGAGGUGAUGGUUCAAGUUCUGGUGAGGAUGACAAGGUCCAACAUGGAGGUGAUUUACAGCGACAUGGUGACCAAAGUGCAGCAGGAGCUCAUGUUGCAGCGUGUCAUGUCUCAAAUAGCGUCAGUAAAGAAAGAAAUGAUCAUCCUGGAAAAGAGCGAGUUCUCGACUCUACUGGCAGAGAACGAGAAACUAAAGGUGGAGUUGUUGCAGAUGAAGAUCCAGCUCGCUGACGUCAUGAAUAAAGUGCGCUCAGACACGAUUCUGGACAUGAACCUGGAGAAGAGUCGAGUCAAAGAAUUAAAAGCAGAUCAUGAGAGGAAGCUUCUGGAAACAAGGACUGACAUCAUGGAAAUGACUGCAGAGCAGGAUCGAUAUUUAACUCAGACCAACAUGAAGAUCGACACUGAAGUGGCCGGUUUGAAAACCAUGUUAGAGUCUCACAAGCUGGACACGAUAAAAUACCUCGCAGGUUCGGUGUUCACUUGUCUCACCGUGGUUUUGGGUUUCUAUCGGAUUUGGAUGUAAGCUUCACGCAGACUUUGACCUUCUUAUAAACUCUGGAAACACUUGAAGGAUCAGCUGCAUUUGUCUGUGCUGAAGUACAAUCAUGAAAGGAAAAGCCCCUGAAUUACUCCCCCCCCUCGGAGUGUUGGGAAAAUCACCUGAAGUUGUUGUUGUUAUUGUUUAUGUUUUUGUGUUUUUAGGUCCAAUUUUCAUUCUAGAAACUAUUCUGUUGUUCAGACAUUAAAACAUGAACUUUUAUCCAGUUAAUAUCCAGUCAAGACCACUAACUGAGACCAGAGUGCUCUGAGACCGAGACCAAGGCAAGGCGAACAGAGACUGAUUUUGAGUACUACAACACUCGUGUUUGAAACAGGCGUGAACCUCUUUUAAAAAUGUUCUGUAAUUAUUUAUAUGGUUUUAUUUAAAGCUGAAGAUAAAAUCAGAGGAAGGACGAGUUAGUGAGAUGUUCUCUUAUAAACUGAAUUUUGAUCUUUUCUGUGCUUUACCGCUUUAAGUCUUUACCGACCGAUCAGCUGACGCUCUCUGAAUAAACUUUCAAAAUUGA